AUGAACUUUAUUGUUAAAGAGCGCGUCUUUGGAGAAACUCGAUGCUGGAUGUAUUCAAUCGAAUGGCAAAAGCGAGGCUUGCCACACGCACACAUUCUUAUUUGGUUAGUGGAAAGAAUUCAGCCUGACCAAAUAGAUGAUAUCAUAUGUGCCGAGAUUCCUGAUUAUGAAGUCGAUCCAGACCUACAUGAUGUUGUUACUUCUAAUAUGAUUCAUGGACCGUGUGGUGCCAUCAAUCCCCAAUCACCUUGCAUGGUCGAUGGAAAGUGCUCUAAACGAUAUCCACGGAAAUUAACAGCGGAGACUGUCACUGGCAAUGAUGGUUAUCCGCUGUAUCGUCGUCGAUCACCAGAUGACAACGGUCAAACUGUCACAACGAAAGUGAAAAGAAUGGAUUUCGUUGUUGACAACAGUUGGAUUGUUCCAUAUUCGCCACUCAUUUCUAAAACGUUCAAGACGCAUUGCAACAUUGAAUACUGUAAUUCAGUUAAGUCCAUCAAAUAUAUUUGCAAAUAUGUCACGAAAGGCAGUGAUAUGGCUGUUUUUGGAUUGCAAUCCUCGAAUGACAACGAUGAAAUUUCACGCUAUCAAGUUGGUCGUUAUGUGAACUGUAAUGAAGCGAUUUGGCGUAUAUUCGCAUUUCCCAUUCACGAACGUCAUCCUACUGUUAUGCAUUUGGCGGUGCAUCUGGAGAAUGGUCAACGAGUAUAUUUUACGGCUUCAAAUGCUAUGCAACGUGCUGAAACACCUCCAGCAACUACAUUAACCAGUUUUUUUGCAAUUUGUCAAAGAGAUCAGUUUGCACAAACUUUGCUUUACUCGGAGAUGCCACGUUAUUAUACUUGGAAUGCUUUAUCGAAGAAUUUUCAAAGACGGAAGAAAGGCAAUGCGGUUCCUGGGUAUCCAGAUGUGCGUUCUACUGAAGCUCUUGGUCGAAUGUAUACAGUUCAUCCAAAGAAUAUUGAAUGUUUUUAUUUGCGGCUGUUGCUGGUAAAUGUGCGUGGGCCAACGUCAUUUGAGUCACUACGAACUGUUAAUCAUGUAAUAUUUCCAACAUAUCGUGCUGCAUGUGAGGAAUUGAAAUUAUUAGAAAACGAUAGUCAUUGGGAUACGACAAUCGCUGAAGCCAUUAUCUCUGCAUCUCCAAGCCAGAUACGCACAUUAUUCGCUAUAAUUAUUUCGACAUGUUUUCCAUCAAAUCCAUGUAACCUGUGGCACAAAUACAAGGACAAUAUGUCAGAAGAUAUUUUACAUCAAAUUCGUGUUAGUUCUAGAAAUUUCGAUAUUGAGAUGAAUGAGGAAGUACACAAUCGUGCUUUACUCUUGAUCGAAGAUAUCUGUUACCUCAUGUGCGGUAAUUUAUUAAUCAGGUUAGGCAUGCCAGCACCAUGUCGUGAAAUGAAUGACACAUUUAAUCGAGAAUUGGAACGGGAACGUGAAUAUGACCACCAGGAAUUAGAUUUAGUAGUUCAAACAAAUGUUCCCUGUUGA